AGUGCGGAAGCUCAGGAGCUGCUGGGUGGCGCAGGUGCAGGCACUGGGUGGUGUCUGUUCUUUCACUCAUCCUUCCCCUCCCCCUUCCUCCCCGGAAACCAGCGACUUUGCCAUCAGCAGUAUUGGGGAUGAUGAGCUAUGGGGGCCAGGCCCAGGGAGGGGUGGGAGUAAGGGGGGGUUGCUGCAGCUGUCAGGCCAUAAGCCAAGCUUACACCUAGGCUCAGGGCAAGGUGCCUGCAGACUUGGUUCCCAAGACAGCAGUCAUGAGCAUAUGUAACAACUCCACGCUACCACUGGCAAACGGAAUUCCCUCCUUUUGCGAGGCCUGGGGAUUGUGGGCCCUCUUAGGGGCUGUGACGCUGCUUCUUCUCAUCUCACUGGCUGUACACUUGUCCCGAUGGACUAGUGGCCGGAGCAGGAGCCAUCCAAGAGAGGGACAUUCCGGAGGGCCUGUGGAAGAGGUUCCCCUCUAUGGGAACUUACAUUAUCUGAAGACAGGAUGGCUAUCUCAAGAACCAGGGCCGGACCAGCAAGCUCCAACACCGGGAGGUCCCACCAGGGCUGCAGGGGAGGCGAUGUGCUAUACCAGCCUGCAGCUGCGGCCUCCUCAGGGCCGGGUCCCGAGCCCUGGAACUCCCAUCAAGUACUCAGAGGUGGUGCUGGACUCUGAGACAAAGCCCCAGACCUCAGGCCCUGAGCCGGAGCUCUACGCCUCAGUGUGUGCCCAGACCCGCAGAGGCCGGGCUUCCUUCCCAGACCAGGCCUACGCCAACAGCCAGACUGCACCCAGCUGAGAUGGAGGGACCGGCACAGUGAGGCACGCAACUCUGAAGCCUCCUCUGUUGCAGGGGUAGCUGCUGCCCUGUCCAGGGCACGACUAUUUCUCCCAAAUACCCCUGAAGACAGUCAGCCAUUGCCUAGUCACCGGAGGUGAUGUCCCCCACACCUCCUGCCUGACCUGUGAGGGAGAUAUCUCAGGGGAAAAGCAGGCCCCCAGUUUCUUGCGGAUGGAGAAAGCAGAGGCAGCAGCCCACUCCCCACCUCUUUUUUCUAUAGAUUCUUCUCAGCCCCCAAACUCCCAGGUUCUCACUUCCUCCUCCUUCCGGAGUUUGGCCAGAUCCUCCCUACUACUGCAUCUUUCUUACAGCAUACCCCUGACACCUCCGUGUCUCCUCCAACACAGGCAGUGGGCAGUGGGGAAGGGGGGAAGAGCCUAAGAGGACCUGGGUGGGUAUACCUCUGGGGAGGCCACAAGCUGGAGGGGGCCUGGAACCAGCAACCAGAGGAACCCGAGCCUGGCUUCUGAUUUGAGAGCGGUGGCAGGAGAGUAGCAGUCUCCAUCCUGCUGCCUCUUUGUGUCCCCAAGUUUUAAAAUAAAAUUUCUCCAGAA